AUGCCACCUAAAACUAAAGAAAAAAGAGCACAGAAGAAGAAAAAGAAUUUGGGUGCUGAUGUGGAGGCUGAAUCCAAGUACAGACUGGCCAGGCUGGAGAAAGAGUUGCUCCAAGACCACUUGGCUCUGCAAAGGGAUGAGGUUCGGCGAGCCAAAGCCUCUGAAGACCAACUGAAGCAGAGGCUGCAAGGGCUGGAGGCUGAACUGAAGGAGGCCUACAGUGAAAGGAAGGCCAUAUAUGCAGAGAUGAGUCGGCAGCACCGGGCCCUGCAGAAGGAGAUGGAUACCUGCAGCAGACACCUGGAGGAAGAAGUGAAGGGCCUUCGGGAACAGCUAGAGACAUGCCAGAGGGAGGCUGAGGCUGCCAGGAAAGCAGCUGAGAAGGCCCUUGAGGAGCGGGACCGGACUCUGGCUCAGCUUCGGGCCCACGUGGCAGACAUGGAGGCUGAGUAUGAGGAAAUCUUACAUGACAGCUUGGACCAGCUCUUAGCCAAGCUAAGAGCCAUCAAGCCUCAGUGGGAUGGGGCUGCACUGAAACUCCAUGCCAGGCACAAGGAGCAGCUGCGCCAGUUUGGACUCAACCCCUUGGAUCUUUGA